ACAAAAAAAAAACAAAAAAAACAAAAUUGUAUGAAAGAAAAAGUACCUUUUGUUCAUCUAUGGAAAAUAAAAGUAAAAAUAAAAAUAACAAAAGUGUAUCUAGAAUUUUAUCACGAGUUCAUAAUUUGUCAUCAACAGAACGUAUAACAAACCAGUGUGAUCAUAAACCAAAUGAAGAAGUUAAAAGUACAAGUGGUGUUUUAACACCUAUAUUUUUUAAUAAUGGUGAUGAAAAGAUGAACCACGACACUGAGGGUAACAUGGUUUAUCAUAAGAACAAUAUGGAUGAUAACCUUGUCGAUGGGGAUGUUGUGUCACAAGAAAAAAGGUGUUUAUUUUUUUCGUCAUGUGAAAAUAAAAAAAAUGAAGAAAAUAAAAGUAUCACCUUUAAUGAAAAUGAUAUUAAUAGUGGUAAUAUAAAUACAAGUUCUUGUAUAAUGAAUAAUAUGAUUGUUACGAAGGAAUCGAAUGAAGAGAUAACAAAAGAAAAAAUAAUAAAUGGAGAAGCACAAAGUGCUGCUUAUAUGUAUAAUAAAAACAUUUUUUGUUCUAAAUACAACAAAACAAAGGAUAAAAAUGAACAACGCAAAUGUGACCUUUUCGAAUGUAAUAUUAUUAAUAAUGAUAAGAAUAUUGUAACAGAUGAAAAUAGUAAUCAUAAAAACUUAAGGAAAACAGUGGAUUAUUUUGUAAUACAUAAUAAUAUAUUUGACAACGAUCCAAUUAUUAUAUCCAAAAAUAAAACAAACGAUAGAGAAAGGAAACUAUUGAAAACUUUUUCUUCCUCAUCAUUAAAGAAGAAAUCACUUUUGAAAAAUUAUAAUUAUCAUAAAAAAAAAAAAAAUAAGGACCCUAAUGUAGAAGAUACCAACAUGCUAUAUCAUGAUGAUAUAAAAGAGGAUGAUGAUAUAAAAGAGGAUGGUGAUAUAAAAGAGGAUGGUGAUAUAAAAGAGGAUGGUGAUAUAAAAGAGGAUGGUGAUAUAAAAGAGGAUGGUGAUAAAGUUAUAAAAAAUAAGAACAGUUGUAAUAAUAAUUCCUAUAAUAAUGUGUCCUUUAAUAGUAGUGCUUAUUAUGAAUAUCACUCCGACAUUGAUUUGAUACAUUUUUGUAACAAUUUAAAAAAAAAAAAAAAAAAAAACUUAACUUCGCAUCAACCGAGCUCCAAAGAAUAUGAACGAAAAGUUACGUACCAUAAGGAGUGCUGUUCAAAUGAAAGGAUGAAAAAUAUUAAGGUUAAUGAAAGUGAUCUUGGUAUGAUUUGUAUAAAUAAUAAUAAAAAAAAUAUAGAAGAUGUGAAAGAAAAAAAAGCAUGUGACGUGUUAAACAGAGGUUGUAUAAAAGAACAAGUACAAUGUAAAAUUAGUGAAUUUGAAAAUGACAAGGGGAAUAAAAUAUACAUACAGGAAUUUAAAAAAUGUAUAGAAAAAUAUAAAGAGUAUGUGAAUCAAGGGGAAGGGCACCUUAAAGAUGAGGACGAAGAAAAAAAUAAUGACGGAGAAGGUGAAGAGGGUGAAUAUGGUGAAGAUGAUGAGGAGGAUGACGAUGAGGAGGAGAAUGACGAUGAGGAGGAGGAUGACGAUGAGGAGGAGGAUGACGAUUAUGAAGAUGACGAUGAGGAGGAGAAUGACGAUGAUGAAGAUGACGAUGACAAUUUAGAUGAUGACAAUUUAGAUGAUAACAAUUUAGAUGAUGAAAAAUCGAAUAUAAAAAUAGAAAAUAAAAAGGAGGUCCCUGAUAUUCACAAUAAUAAUGAUGAUGAUGGUAUUAAUUGUUGUACGAAUCUUUUUAAGGAUGAUGAUACGUUAUCAGCUCUUGAAAAAAAUUUAACAAAUAAUAAUUUGAUUAAAAUAAUGAGUGCUAAAUAUUUAUACCAUAAGUUUUUAGAAUAUAAAGAUUUUAUGAAGAACAACACAACUUUGUUUUCUCAUUUUAAUAAAAUAUAUCAACAUGAAGAUGAUAAAAUAAAUACGUAUAACAAAGAUGUGUUAAAUUAUAUACCUAAGAAUAAUAAUGAUAUAAAUUAUUAUAGUGUACCUUGUGAAGACCAAAUAAAUAUUGAUGAAAAGAAAUCAUCAUUAAAUGUUGAAUUUGGUGAUGAUAUAAUAAAGAAAAAGUUUUUUAUUUCUUCUGUCAAUUCUCAUUAUGUGAUGAUAAAUAAUAAUUUAACAAAAGAACAGAUGUUAUAUUUAAUACGAAAUAUUUUAAUGUGCAUCGAAGAUUAUUUGAAAAAGGAAAAAAAUCGAGAUUAUAAUAAAAUAUUUUUUUUAUUUUUUUCGAUAUUUAUAUAUAACACACAAAAUGGAGGGGAUCAAAAAGAGAUGCAUGAAGAUGAAAAAUGGGAUCAUACGAAUAUGAAUGAAGAUAAAAAUGUAGAAAAGAAUGACGAUUAUAAAAAUCUAAGUAAUAAUGAAAAUAGUGUUUAUAAUAGAAUGCUUAGAGAAUCUUUAUGGAAUAAAAAAAAAUAUAUAAAAUUAAAUAUUUUUAAAAACAUUAUUUUAGUUAUAUCUAUUGUAAGAUAUUUUUUACAUACCAUUACUAUAUCUCAAAAAUAUACAUCUUCCUAUGAUUCAUUAGAUGAUAGUAAUAUGAUAAAAAGUAUGAACUCUUUAAAAUUGAAUGAAAUUAAUAUAUUAUUAAAUCGAGCUAAUGAAAUUUUAGAAAAAUAUUCUUUAGGUAUUGUUGAAAAUAAGAAAGUAUAUAUAAACAAAUCAAAUUAUUACAACUCCUCAAAAAAAGGUAAACUAUCUGUAUCUUUACGUCAGAAUAAACAAAAAAAAACAUUCCAUAGAAUAUUAGCUGUAUAUUUUGGUCAUGAGCGUUGGGAUUUAGUUAUGAAUAUGAUGAUAGGUAUAAGAAUAUCAUCUAUAAAAAAAUUUUCUAUAAAUGACAUAUCAAAUUAUUUUCAUCAUAAAGAUGUUUUACAAUUACCUACAUCUAAUGCACAACACAAAGUUAUAUUUAAAAAUUAUGCCCCUAUCAUUUUUAAAAAUAUAAGAAAUUUUUAUGGUAUCAAGUCCAAGGAAUAUUUAACAUCUGUUGGACCAGAGCAGGUCAUAAGUAAUAUGGUUCUUGGAAAUCUUUCAACUCUUAGUGAAUUGUUAUCAGAGGGAAAGAGUGGAUCCCUUUUUUAUUUUACGAGUAAUGGGAAGUAUAUAAUCAAGACGGUUUGUCGAAAUAUUCAUAAUUUAUCGAAAAAACUGUUACCUAAAUAUUAUGAACAUAUUAAGAAAAACCCAGAUUCGUUAUUAACUCGUUUAUAUGGAAUCCACUCUAUUAAAUAUCAAAACAAUAUAGGAAGGAAAAAGAAGAAAAUAUAUUUCAUCGUCAUGAAUAAUUUUUUUUCAUCCAUUGUGGAGAUACAUAGAAGAUAUGAUAUAAAAGGAAGUUUAGUAGGACGAACAGUUCCAGUAACCAAGAGAGAAGAUCAUACCAUAGCAUUAAAAGAUGUAGAUAUUGAUGAAUUAGGUGAUAUAAUAAAUAUCGGAUUAGAAAAUAAAGAACGAUUACUUAAAGUUCUGAAAGCUGAUGCUGAUUUUUUAAAAGAAAAUAUGUUAUUAGAUUAUUCGUUACUUUUUGGGAUACAUUACAGAGAAUUAUCUAAAGAUGUGGUCAAUUGGGAGGAAACAAAAACAAACCAAAUUAAUCAUAUUUAUGAUUAUAAGGGAAAUUGCAUAGCAUCACGACCUUUCCAUCAGUGUGAUUAUGGGGGUAUCAUCAGUGUGGAUAAAAAGAAAAUUUUUUUUUUUGGAAUUAUCGAUAUUUUUACCAAAUGGAGCAUUAAAAAAAAAUUCGAGCAUACCUUCAGAACAAUACA